AUGCUCGGCAGUGAAGGAGACAGCAACCCCUUUUCGUUUGCCAAAGAUGCACCUGAAGAGAAGCGCAAGUCUCCGGCCUUGGAUCGAGAUGAGCCAGGCAGGUUUGUGGAGCAUGGUCCGGACCGCUACUACAUCCCAACUCCAGCCUCCAAACAGAGCAGUGAAGCGGCCAACCCCUGCUCGUUCCUCCCGUACGCUGCGAGUGGUGCGGUCUACAGCCCUUCCAGCGGCUCUCGGUACUCUUCACCUUUGCACCUGAGCUCCGUGCUUCCCGCGGCGGGUUUCCCCUCCUCCGCGGGCCGAGGCCACUUCAGCCCGGCCUACCAGCUGAGCCAGAGCCCGGGCUGUCUGUACUCGCCCUACGCCAGCAGCAUGGCCCUGACGCGGGCUCAGGUGUACCUGUGCAACCGGCCUCUUUGGCUCAAGUUCCACCGCCAUCACACCGAGAUGAUCAUCACCAAACAGGGCAGGCGUAUGUUCCCGUUCUUAAGUUUUAACAUCGCUGCACUGAGUCUAACAGCACAUUACAACGUGUUUGUGGAGGUGGUGCUGGCAGACCCCAACCACUGGCGCUUCCAAGGAGGAAAGUGGGUCACAUGCGGGAAAGCAGACAACAGCAGUCAAGGAAAUAAAGUAUACAUCCACCCGGAAUCACCUAACACAGGAGCACACUGGAUGAGACAAGAAAUCUCCUUCAGUAAACUCAAACUGACCAACAAUAAAGGGACCAAUCACAACUCUUCUCAAAUGAUAGUGUUGCAGUCGCUGCACAAAUACCAGCCUCGGCUGCACAUCGUGGAGGUGUGUGAGGAUGGAGCGGAGGAUAUCAGCAGCGAACACAAGAGCCAGACUUUCACUUUCCCAGAGACACAGUUUAUAGCUGUCACUGCCUACCAGAACACUGAUAUCACACAAUUGAAAAUAGAUCAUAACCCAUUCGCCAAAGGAUUCAGAGAUAAUUAUGAUUCAAUGUACACUGCUCAAGAGAGCGAUCGGCUCACCCCGUCUCCCACUGAAUCUUCUCGUGCUCACCAGAUUGUACCAGGAGCUCGCUAUGCCAUGCAGCCCCUGUUCCAAGACCAGUUAGUACACAACCUCCCUCAGAACCGCUUUUACAACGGUGAGAGAACUGUGCCACAGACCAACAGCCUGCUGUCUCCCCGGACAGACGAUGGAGCUUCUCAGAGGUGGUUUGUCACUUCAGUGCAGCAAGGAGGAAACAGCAACAGCAGCAACAAGCUGGACCUGAGCCCUUAUGAAGGGGAGUACAGCUCUCUGCUGCCUUAUGGCAUCAAGUCCCUGUCCAUGCAAACAUCGCACGCUCUCAGCUAUUACAGCGACUCACCUUUCUCCACCAUGGCCCAGAGCUGGGGAUCUAGAGUGGCCUAUCAGAGGAAAGUGUCCCCCAGUCUCCCCUGGUCCCCUCGACCCUGCGCACCGGCCAAUUUUUCUGAAGACUCAGACAAAACAAAGCCGCUUGACGAGGAGGAUGUUGUCAUCAACCUGGAAACCCGUGUGUGGGCAGUGAAGUGGACGGAACAGACUCAUCAUUGCGGGGACGUGGCGACACAUCUAGUCUACAGUAUUCAUGAUAUUCACAAUGCUGCCCUGCUGAACCCAAGCUACUGA